AUGAAGCACACAACCGCUCUCGUCGCUGCCCUAGGCCUCGCCGCCACGGUUUCUGCUGCUAACCCCGCGACUGAUAACCGCCGUCAUGCAGUCAACAGGAGGUCUGUUCCUGUUUCAACACCGGAAAAUACGAAGCGUGACACCGCCCACCAACAGGGAAACAAGCGUGUCGAACCUCGCUCGCCAACCCGGUUCGCCAACCCUUUUAGGGGUGAUGAAGAGCCAGGCGUCGAAGUCGAACCCAGCGUCGAAGACAAAGGAAGCCUUGAGGACGAAUCGAGCAGCUAUGGCCUUAAAGACCAGGCUACCGACGCCGCGUGGGACGUUGGCUCAAGCUAUCUCGAGGGCAAAACUGGUAUCAAGCUACCUGAUAGGCCACGAUCCGGUUCUGGCAUCAACUUUGCGAGGAGGAAUAAAAAGCGGAGCGUGAUCGAAGCACGGGCAAAGUCGAGGAGUGGUGGAGGGAAGAGCAACGGUGGUGGCUUUGGCGGUCAGCUUGUGGAUGCUGGCAAAGACUUUGCCGUUGAAGAGGGAACGGCAUUCGUCGAGGAUCAGACGGGCAUUGACCUGCCGGACAGGAAUGGGCAGUCUAGCUCUGGAAGCUCAGGCGGCAGUUGGACGAGCUGGCGUCCCUGGAAGCUCAGCAAGCGGGAGAUCACCGUUGACGAGGUUGUCGAGGAGGUGUUGGAUCAGAUGAAAGAGGGAGAGUCCAAGUCUGAUGCUGAGACUGCCGACGCCCUGAAGGAGGUUGUCGAGGAGGCUGCCAAAAACGACGAAGACAAGUCCAUUAGCGACGUGGUGGAGGCCCUGGCGGAGGCCAGUGACGAUAACGACUCCGAACCCAAGGAAGAAUCAACUGAUACUAUCGAGGAGAUCCUCGGUGACUCUUCUGACAAAGAGGACGAAGAUGAAGACAUCCUCGCAGAAACCAUCGAGGACAUUGUUGACGGGGACUCCUCCGAUAGCAAGUCAUCCCACGGCGACACCCUCGAGGAGAAGCUGGAAGAACUCGAGAAGGAGACCUCUGCCCUCGACAAGGACGACCCCAAGGCCGAGAUGAUUGACGAGCUGAUCGAUGAACUUAUCGACGAAGCUGCCACCUUGGACGAGAUCCCGGUCGAGUAUUUCCAGUACUGGAUGGCGGUUCAGAGCUGCCUUGACCCUGUCCACUUGCUGACCACGAAGGGCCUGAUGGCUAGUCAUCUUUCACGUCGCGGCACUACCCCGAUAAUUGUGACGCCGACCAAGACCGUCAAGAGAGAAGAGGCGAAGGCUGCGGAGGUGAACCUGGGAUUGGCCCAGCCUUUUGGGGCAGAGAUGGCGCAGACUUCGGGGGCGGGUGAUGGGUUGUUGGGUAGGGGAACGGUGGGGUAUCUUGUGUUUGGCGUGGCGGCCGCGUUUUUGGUCCGCGGGGUGGCGUUCUAG